UGCACCCUCAUCGGACCCUCCGAAUUUCUACCAACAUGUAGAUGACGCUUCACCGUCUUUCCAAACUCCUAAAUUGUUAGUUUCCCUCCACUCCGCAAAUCAUGUCCCAUACCCACGUGUGCAGUUGCGAACAUACGAAAGUUGUGGAGGGAGUAUUCGGACAAAUGUGCUCGGAGUAUCCUCAAAAGCGAUGCUCCAGGAAAUCCGAGGAAGAGUGGAGUGGCUCCGAAUUAGCUCUCGGAGAAGGCGAUCGCUCAUUCGAUGAACCAGCUCAGCUGAUCGUCAAAUCCUACACGAUGACGAAUUCUAAUCGCAUGGAAGUGGUGAUCAUCACUUGGGGAGCUACGAUCGUUUCCCUAAAAUGUCCCGACAAAUUUGGGCGACCGGCUGACGUCGUCCUCGGCUUCGACAACCUGAAGAGCUACAUGGAUCCGACUUUAAAUCCAUUCAUCGGCUGCAUCCUAGGAAGGUGUGCGAACCGCAUAAAGGAGGGAUGCUUCACUCUGAAAGACAAGCUUUACCAGCUUUCGACGAACGACUCCAAUCUUCAUCACAUUCACGGAGGGACGAACGGAUUCGGCCGACAAGUAUGGAACUCGUACGUCGACGGGUGCAACGUGGUGAUGACGUACCUAAGCCAGGACGGAGAAGAGGGCUAUCCAGGUGCAAUGCUCGUUACGAUUAUAUUUCAAUUAACGGCCGAUAACAGACUGAACAUAAAUAUGCGAGCUACGACUUCCAAAACGACCAUAGUCAACAUGACCCAUGGCACAUUUUUCAACCUGGCCGGCCACGGUGCCGGAGAAAAAGAGCUGGGAAAACACCAAAUCUCGUUGAAUUGCAACCGAUGGACAUUCGCGGAUUACGAGGAUCCGAUUCCAACCGGAGCCAUUCGCGGAGUCGGUGGAACCAUAAUGGAUCUCCGAAUAGCACGACUCCUGGCAUACGUGAUGUACAAAGUCCCUCCAGGUGAGGGCUACGAUCACAAUUUUUGUGUCGUUCGAAGUUGGGAGCCGGGAAUUUCUUUCGUGGCUAGGGCAUUGCAUGCACCUAGUGGAAGGGUUCUAGAAGUCUACUCCGAUAAGCCCGGGGUGCAGUUUUACACAUCGGGUCGAUUUCCCCCACAGCCCGUUCCCGAAUCGUCCUCGUCCUACAACAGCUGCCUGAAUAUCGGAAAAUGGGAACAGGACAUGGAGUUGGAUAAAUUCGGGAGUUCCCCAGACUUUCAGGGCGAGGAGGAGGAAGGCGAGCAGGACUUCCGGACAGAAACUCCGCCUUCCAAGCCGCUGGAGUUUAUUCCAGGGAAAAAUGGAGCUCGCUACAAGAAGCACUGUGCAUUUAGUAUCCAGCCACAGAGUUAUCCAAACGCCGUUAAUAUCAAACACUUCCCAUGUGUGAUUCUCCGCCCAGGCCAAGUAUACCUCCACGAGCUGGCGUACAAAUUCGGAAUUCAAUUAAGAAAUUAUAUGUAA